AUGAAAUAUUUUCUUCCCGUGGAUAUAUCCAUAGCAUCUGCUUACCUGAAAGCUAUGAUGAGCUUCAACAACUCACCAACACUCCAGCAGCUGGCAAGAAGAAGUCUGCUGGAAGAUGAAGCCUUGACCAUCUCGGCUCUGCAGAACCUGCCUUUGCAGUUCUUCCCGCCACUCUUCAAGGAUGCAUUCACCAGCAAACAAGCUAACAUCCUGAGGCUGAUGGUGGCAGCAUGGCCCUUCCCAUGCCUUCCUGUGGGAGCCCUGAUGGAGACUCCUCACCUGGAGACCCUGAAAGCUGUGCUAGAUGGCCUUGAUUUGCUGAUGUCACAAAAGGAUCGACCUAGGUGGAAACUGGAAGUGCUUGAUUUAAGAGAUGCCCACCACGACUUCUGGAAUGAUUGGGCUGGAAUACAGCAUGUUGCCUGCUCUCCAGAUGUGACUGGCAAUACCCAACCAGAGGGAAAUCAUCCCAACCUAGGUGGGGAACAGACCAUGACUAUAAAGAUGAACCUGUCCCUCAUGUCUCGCCAUCCCUCUCCAUACCUAAAAUAUUUUUAUCAAUGGGCCAAGCAGAGAAAAGAUGUGAUACAGGUGAUCUGUGAGAAGUUGGUGUUCGGAGCCAUUCCUGCCUAUGAUCCACUGGGUGUUUUGGAGGUUUUUGAUCCAGGCUCAAUCCAGGAAUUGGAAAUAAACACCUGCUGGGACUUGCGUACCCUUGCAUUGCUAGCCCCUGGCCUGGGUCAAAUGAACAACCUCCAGAAACUCCUUUUCAAGGAAAUCUGCAUACCUUUGGAUUGGCCUUGGCACCAAGAGAUGGAAGCCUGGUGUGUGACAGAGAUCUUUUCCCAGUUCUCCAAACUGCCUAAGCUCCAGCAUCUCUAUUUGAAUGAUGUCUACUUCCUAAAUGAACGUCUGGAUCAAGUGCUCAGGUACUUGGAGAGUCCAUUAGAGACCCUUGCUAUCACUCACUGCAGGCUGUCAGAAUCGGAUAUGAGGUACCUGUCCCAGUGUUCAAGCGUCCAUCAGCUCAAACACCUGGACAUGAGUGGUGUCACCUUCAUUUUAAGUCAUCCAUUCCUAGGAAGUCUGCUAGAAAGACUGACAGCUACUCUGCAGACAUUAAAAUUGAAGGACUGUAUGCUCAUGGACUUCCAAAUCCAUGCCCUCCUGCCUGCGUUGAGCCAGUGUUCCCAGCUCACUGAAGUCAAUUUUGUGGAGAACAUCUUGUCCAUGGGCAGACUGAAGGAUCUGCUGCAGCAUACUGCCAACCUCACACAGCUGACCCUGGAGAAGUACCCUGCCCCUGAUGAGGUCUAUGAUGACAUUGGUAAUGUUAUUCCAGACAGAUUUGUACAACUUUGUUCUGAGCUCAUGGACACACUCAAGGGUAUAAGGCAGCCAAAGCAGGUCUACUUU